AUGAAGAUCGCACUGAACACAUGCAGUAGUGCUCUUGCAGUGAAGUCAAAGAAGAAGAAGAAAAUUGGAUCCAGAGAAACCGAACUCCUCGCUGAAUUCAAAAAUUAUAAGCGACCCUCGGGAAUGACGGAAUCGAUGGCCCGUAUAUUAGAGGAUAUCAUCCGGAAGAUUUUCACAAGCUCUCCCACCGCCUCGCAUGAAAAGCUGUUGAAUUUCCAAGAAAUGCGAGAAUUGUGCUUACGGACACGAGAACUGCUUCUUAUCGAGCCCUGCUUUGUGGAAGUUUCUCCACCUCUGUUCAUUAUCGGCGAUGUUCACGGACAACUGUACGACUUGCUCGAUAUUCUGAACUAUGUCAGUUCAUAUACCACUCCUAGCUUCGUGAACUUCAACUUGGCGAUCAGCUCGCCCGAAGGGGGAGGGGAGGGGAGUCGAACUAUGGACGGUCUUUCAACAUGUCUUCAACUGCUCUUCCAAUGGCAGGACUUGUUGGUUCGAAGAUUUUUUGUGCUCACGGUGGAAUAUCUGAAGAUCUCGUCUCUUUCAAGCAGUUUGAAAGGCAAGUCUAUCGCCCCGACAGACAUGUCUGCGAUAAUAGCGCUGCGUACAUGUGACCUUAAUAGGUACGAAUUUUUCGCCGACAAAAAGUGCUUGACGCUGUUCUCGGCCCCGUGCUACUGCGGUGAGCUUGACAACCAAGCUGCAGUACUCCAUGUAAGCGGACGAUUAGAAUGCAGAGUGCUGACCUUCAAAAGAGAUACAGGAAUGGCGACGGCAGAAUAUGCACGCACAGUUGAAACUCCUGGAACAGGCCGGCCUGGAGCUGCGGCAGGUCGAUCAGAAAGCAAGACUCCAACGGGUAGUGUUCGUAAAGACGUGAAAGGUGAAAAGCUGACGGGAACGCGCUCCUCCGAAUCUGCUCCAGGACCGGUCAACAAAGCAGAGAAGAAGAAUGUGAGAGCGGUGACACCUCGUGCCGACAGCACUCAAACUACUCCAGGCAAAAAGACACCAAAAUGA